ACUUCUUGCAGGAGUAAAAUCAACCAGUACCAAAGAUGAUAUGGUAGAAACUCCUGUAGUCGACAAUCAAAAUGUCCCUUUGCUUGCAAUGUUUGACAUGACAAAAGUAAUCAAGCGAAUCAAGGAAUAUAUAUCAGACGCAUUCGAAAAUAUGAAAGGAAAUUUGACUGUAAGCAUAAGGAAGGAAAUUAAGGACUAUUUUGAUGAUAUGGAGCAGAAUUCCACUGAUGCUAUUUCUGAAGCCAGAAGGACUGCGGAAGAAAACAUUAAAAAGGAAAUUAAAGACAAUUUUGAUGAUAUGAAACAGAACUCCACUGAUGCUAUAUCUGAAGCGCUUACUCCUCGGGACUGUUCUGACUUAGAUAGAAAAAAGAUCAGGAGUGGUGUGUACAAAAUAUUCCCGGAAGUUACAGCUGGAUUGAACGCGUACUGUGAUAUGGAGACGGAUGGGGGAGGAUGGACGGUUUUUCAGCGCAGACAAGAUGGUAAAGUAGAUUUCUAUCGCGGCUGGUCAGAGUAUGUAAAAGGAUUUGGUGAUGUCAACACAGAAUUUUGGUUAGGUAAUAAUAAACUUCAUGAUUUAACAUCUCAAGGAAGUUUUGAACUCAGGGUAGAUCUGGAGGAUUUUAAUGGUGAUAAGGCUUAUGCCAAAUAUUCUACCUUCAACAUUGGCGAUCAGUCGACCAACUACAUACUGACCGUAUAUGGCUACAAUGGAAACGCAGGUGAUGCUCUCUGGCGUCAUCACAAUCAGGCUUUCUCGACAAAAGAUAAAGAUAAUGACUUGGAUGGUGGAAAUUGUGCAGAAACGUACACGGGAGCUUGGUGGUACAACAACUGUUAUGAUAGUAAUUUAAAUGGGCUGUAUGUCGGAAAUCAAACUGAUUACUCAGGCAUCAAUUGGUAUAAAUGGAAGGGAUAUCAGUCAAUGAAAACAACAUCGAUGAUGAUACGUAGGAUAUGAUCGUAAAAAUGAAAGCGUUCAUUUUGAAAAAAAUGAUUUCUU